AUGGAAUUAAAUCCAAUUCACGUUUAUGGCUUCGAAUUAUUUGCUAUGAAUGCACUAGUUUUACCGUUUUCUCGCGGACUUAAAGUGAAAACGUCGUGUGGUCAGUAUUGGCAUGAUGGGUGGAGAGAAAGUUUCUUCAACAUGUCAUACAUAAUACUCACUCUACUUAUUCACUUCGAAGUAUUUCAAAAGAUAUCAACAGUUUUCCCUUUUAUAAGAUGA